GCAGCAGCUCCUUCUCCCUCACGGCUGGAGCUGAGCGCGAUGCCACGGAGUGACUCCAGGCGCAGCGCCUGCAUCUACCCAACCAUGUGGAGGACAUGCAGUGUUUUUUGCGCAUGGACUCUGCUGUUCCUGACAGAGGUCUGUGCUCAGUCUCAGCAGAGACCAACUUUCACAUGUGGAGGAAACAUCACAGGGCAGUCUGGAGUCAUCGGAAGCCAAGGAUACCCGGGAGUCUAUCCUCCAAACACCAAAUGUGUGUGGAGGAUCACAGUUCCUGAUGGCAAGGUGGUGGUGCUGUCAUUCCGCUUUAUUGACCUAGAGAGUGACAACCUGUGUCGCUAUGACUACGUGGAUGUGUACAGCGGCCAUGUCAAUGGGCAGAGGCUUGGUCGCUUCUGUGGGACGUUCAAGCCAGGAGCCCUUGUUUCCACGGGCAACAAGAUGCUCCUGCAGAUGGUGUCUGAUGCCAACACCGCUGGCAGCGGCUUCCUCACUGUUUUCUCUGCGGCCCACCCUCAUGAGAGAGGUGACCAGUACUGUGGGGGCAGACUGGACAAGCCCUCUGGGGCUUUCAAAACACCUAACUGGCCCGAGAAAGACUAUCCAGCUGGUGUCACCUGCUCCUGGCAUAUAGUGGCCCCUAAAAACCAAAUAAUUGAAGUAAAGUUUGAAAAGUUUGACGUGGAGCGAGAUAACUACUGCCGCUACGACCACGUCUCCAUUUUUAACGGGGCAGAAAUAAACAACGCCAAAAGGAUCGGAAAAUUUUGUGGAGACAGCCCCCCAGCGCCCGUCUUCUCAGAGGGGAAUCAGCUCCUGAUCCAGUUCCUAUCAGAUCUCAGUCUAACCGCAGAUGGCUUCAUUGGACACUACAAGUUCAGACCAAAGAAAUUCCCAACCACCACCGUACCACCCACCACAACCACCACCCAGCCAGUCACUACCAGGCCGACACCUCUGAAGUACUCUGUUGCGCUUUGUCAGCAGAAAUGUAAAAGACGAGGAACACUUGAGAGCAAUUACUGCUCCAGCAAUUUUGUGAUUACUGGCACGGUCAUUACGGCAGUGAUGAGAGGAGGAAGCAUGUACGCCACCGUCUCCAUCAUCAACGUUUAUAAGGAGGGCAGCUUGGCAAUCCAGCAGGCAGGGAAAACAAUGAGCACCAAGAUCAUUAUCCUCUGCAAAAAGUGUCCUUUUAUCAGACGAGGCUUGAACUACCUCUUCAUGGGCCAGGUGGAUGAGGAGGGCCGUGGGAAAAUCGCCCCGCACCACUUCGUCGUGGCCUUUAAGACAAAGAAUCAGAAAGGACUCAACGUUCUGAAGAACAAGCAGUGCUGAAACU